UCUGGUGUAGGUAUAAAAUGGCCGAUGCCGAGGAUAUCCAGCCCCUCGUCUGCGACAACGGAACUGGCAUGGUCAAGGCUGGGUUCGCUGGCGACGACGCCCCGAGGGCCGUCUUCCCCAGCAUCGUGGGGCGCCCGCGCCACACUGGUGUCAUGGUCGGGAUGGGGCAGAAGGACGCCUACGUCGGUGACGAGGCGCAGUCCAAGAGGGGUAUCCUGACCCUCAAGUACCUCAGCUUACACAUCACAUUAUUCCCCAUAUUACAACAAUCAGUGCAACAAUCAGAGCAUUUAUUUAGGUUCUGCAAACCGAUCAUGACAAAACCAAAGGUAGCUUUGAAGCCGCAGACUCUGUCUCCACAACCUGAAGCCCAAGCACCUCAUGAUCCUCAAACACCAAAGCAACAACAAAGCGGGACUGGUGUAGGCGUGUAGCUGGUGAGCCGGGUAGUGAAGGAGGUGUGUAGCAGGCCUCCAGUGAGCAAAUGGGCAUGGUGCCGGAUGCAUCUGCGGCCGGUGGCAGGAGGGUCGAGCUGGAUGGGGACAUGCGGUGGACAUCACAAGUUGGCCCCUCCAGUGAUCCAUCUCAAACACUAGCCAGGCCACAGGAAAAACGUUGAAUCAAAGCAAACCUGAUGCUUACCGAAAGCAUGUUCAAUGAGUUACUCAGAUUCAUGGCACAGGAAUUGAAUCUACACGGUUUAAUAACUAUUUGCAUGGCUCUAAAUGCUUGAUUAGGUUUGCUCAUCGUUCCUCAGUGCUACUUCAUCUUGAUUUUCUGCUGAGUAGACAGGGGAUGAAUGGGGCUGCUCAUGGUGGACAGAACAGAAGACGAAAUGAAUCGCAAGGGGAAACUAACAUGCGAGAGAGGAAGAGGAGGUAGCCACAACCAAAGAGCUUGGUUCAAUACUUCAAUGGCUAGAAUAAUGAACGAUAUGAAGAUCAGGUAGCAUUAUAUAUGUCAAUAAGAAGCAGAGGAGAGAAGCAGCC